UCUGACAAUGGCGGUUCACGGCGUGGGGCUGUUGACCCGUUUGCCCCUAUGUGUCCAGAGAAGAAGUAGAGUCCAGCGUCCUAUCCUCAGGCUUUUCAGCUGCCCAGGAACUGUGGCCGCAGACCCCAGGAGAGAAGAGCAGCCUUCGGGAAGCGCGGAGACAGGCUCUGAAGACAAGACUCCAAAAAAGAGAUUCUCUGAGGUACAAAAAGAAAGACGAGAACAGGCACAGCGGACUGUUUUAAUACAUUGCCCAAAUAAAAUCAGUGAAAAAAAGUUUCUCAAAUAUUUAUCCCAACAUGGACCUAUUAAUAAUCAUUUUUUCUAUGAAAGUUAUGGUCUCUAUGCUGUCGUAGAAUUUUGCCAAAAGGAAAGUGUAGACUCACUGCAAAAUGGGACUCAUACUCCAAGCAUGAGCACGGAAGCUGUGAUUCCAUUCAGAUCACGUUACUUCAAUUUAAAGUUGAAGAAUCCGUCAAACCAGGCUUCUGAGCAGUCAUGUAUACAGUGUAGUAAUCAGUUGCCUCCCUCAAGCAAGAAGGUUUUUGAAUUACUUCGUUGUGCAGAAAGUAUAGAUGAUCAGCUGAACAGUCUCCUGAAGGAAUUCCAGCUAACAGAGGAAAACACUAAGCUCCGCUAUCUCACCUGUUCUCUCGUUGAAGACAUAGCAGCUGCGUAUUUUCCGGACUGUACAGUCAGACCCUUUGGCUCCUCAGUGAACACUUUUGGGAAAUUAGGAUGUGAUUUGGACAUGUUUUUGGAUCUAGAUGAAAUUGGAAAACUCAGUGCUGUUAAGACUGCAGGAAAUUUUCUGAUGGAAUUUCAAGUGAAAAAUGUUCCUUCAGAAAGAAUUGCAACUCAGAAGAUCCUGUCUGUGAUAGGGGAAUGCCUUGACCACUUUGGCCCUGGUUGUGUGGGCGUACAAAAAAUUCUAAAUGCUCGGUGUCCACUCGUGAGGUUCUCCCACCAGGCCUCUGGAUUUCAAUGUGAUUUGACUACCAACAAUAGGAUUGCUCUGAAAAGUUCUGAACUCCUUUAUAUAUAUGGUGCCCUGGACUCAAGAGUAAGAGCCUUGGUGUUUAGUGUGCGUUGCUGGGCUCGAGCACAUUCGUUAACGAGUAGCAUUCCUGGUGCUUGGAUUACAAAUUUCUCCCUUACAAUGAUAGUCAUCUUUUUUCUCCAGAGAAGAUCACCCCCUAUUCUUCCAACGCUAGAUUCCCUAAAAAACCUAGCAGGUGCAGAAGAUAAAUGUAUAAUAGAAGGUAACAACUGUACAUUUAUUCGUGACUUGAAUAGAAUUAAACCUUCAGGAAACACGGAAACACUAGAAUUACUACUGAAAGAAUUUUUUGAAUAUUUUGGCAAUUUCGCUUUCAAUAAAAAUUCCAUAAAUAUUCGACAGGGAAAGGAACAAAACAAACCUGAUUCUUCUCCUCUGUACAUUCAGAAUCCUUUUGAAACUUCUCUCAACAUAAGCAAAAAUGUAAGUCAAAGUCAGUUGCAGAAGUUUGUAGAUUUGGCCAGAGAAAGUGCCUGGAUUUUACAACAGGAAGGUAAGGAUAGACCAUCCGCAUCAAGUAAUCAGCCCUGGGGGCUGGCAGCCCUUCUCCUACCAUCUAUAGCAAAUGGAAUGGCUCUUGCCAAAAAGAAAGGGAAAAAGCCUGCAAAUGAAACAGUUAAAAACUUGUUAGAAUCCUUAAAGAGUAACAGUGCAGAAAAUUCCACAAACACCAACAGGAAAAGAACGACUAGUCCUUAGACAUAAUGGCUUCUACUUUGCUUUGAGAAGUGACUGUAUCCUGUAAAAUGGUCUUUGGACUACCUGGAAGAACUGGUAUGAAACUUCCACAGAUCUCGACUUUCAUCUGAUGUCCCUUUUCAUGACCUUCUCAUUGGCUCCCUCUAUCUGGUUGGAAGUUCUGGGAUGUUUUCAGUCUGAUCAGUCUGAUACCCAGUGGCAGUUUAUUAAAACAUCAGCCAUAAGGAACGGGUGAGAGGAGAUUGGAAUGUACUUUAACUAAAUAAAUAAACUAUAUGAAGCAAAUGGUGAAAAAUCAGUUUUAGCAUCAAAUCAUCGUUGAUAUCCGUGACGGUCCUUGGUUGGAAAAUAUUUAAAAAGACUUCUUGUUAUGUACAUAUGUAGGUGAUGAAUACAAUAAAGCUUCAAAAUUUGGUAGUACUCUUUAAUAUGUAUUUUUAUAUUUUUUAAGCAAAGAACUCUUAUUCACAUAUAAAUUAAAACAGGUUGGUACUGACAUCUAAAAAUGUU